AUGAGCUCGAUUCACGAAGCAGCCGUGGCGGGUAAUAUUGAUAUUCUUAAGCUGCUUAUUGAUAAUGGCGCUAAUGUAAAUCUAAAAGAUUCGAAAAAUUUUCGUCCAAUACAUUAUGCAGCAUGGCAAGGUCGAACUGAAUCCGUUUUUAUACUAUUACGUUGUGGUGCAAAUGUUAAUGAACAGUCAUUAAAUGGUGAUACACCAUUACAUUUAGCCAGUCAAUAUGGUCAUCUUGAAAUAGUACAAUUACUUUUAUUUCAUCAUGCUGAUCCAACAUUAAUAAAUCGUCGAUCAUUAACGCCAAUUGAUUUAGCAUGUGAAUAUGGACAUAUUCAUGUUGUGAAUUCACUUUUACACAAUACAUUAUGUAAACAAAUGAUUUUGAAUCAUAAUAAUGAACAACAUACAUCAUUACAUUUAGCAGCUAAAAAUGGACAUACUGAUAUAGUUCGAUUAUUAUUAUUAAAUGGAUUUGAUAUUAAUCGUAUGACAAUUACGGAUGGUUCGGCAUUACAUGUUGUAUGUAGAAAUGGACGAUAUGAAACAGCAAAAUUAUUAUUAGAAUGUGGAAUUGAUGUUAAUCUACGUAAUUCCUAUGAACAAACAGCUUAUGAAGUUGUAAUUAAACAAAAAAGUGGAAAUGAUAUUAAACGAUUAAUUAAAGAUUUUUCUGAGGCAAUAUUUGUUCGAGCUAUUCAAUCAUAUAAAGAUAGUCAUGUUGGAGCAUUGAAUUUUGUUGAAGGAGAUUCUAUUACAGUUCUUGAUCAUAAUUCAACAGGUCAAUGGCGUGGUUUUAUUUUACAAGAUGAUCUUACAACUCGGACUGGUUAUUUCCCAUGUACAUAUGUGCAAUUAAAUUCAACUAUAAUGAAUGGUAAAGAAAAUCAGACAUAUAAUAGCAAUCAUUUUCUUGUCGAUAGCGAUUCUAUGUCACGCAUGUCUCAAACGGAUUCUGGUUUAACAACAACAUCUAGUUGGAAUUCACGUUCAAGACGUAAUAGCCCAACGAAUAAUACACAUCGUCAUAGUGCAGCAAGUAGUAUCGAUAGUGGAAGAAGUUCAACAGCACUUUACGAUAGUCCAAAAACUCUGGCUUUAUCAAGUUUUAUUGGUAAUGGUGAUGCACGUUCUCUAUCAAGUACUGAAUCAAAAUCUUCUGAUCCAGAUAAAACAAGUUAUCGAAGUUCAAAUAGUAGUUUAGAUGAAACUGGAACAUUAAAUAUUAAUUUACUUUUACGUAAAGGUAUACCCGAUAAAGAAAUCAUUUUUAAAUGGUUACGUGAAUUUUCCUAUGAAAAUUAUACGGAAAAUUUUAUUAAAAAUGGUUAUGACAUGCAAACAAUUGUUCGAAUGACACCUGAAGAUUUAACAGCUAUUGGAAUUACUCAUCCAUCUCAUCGACGAAAAAUCAAAAGUGAAAUAACUCGUUUACGUUUAUCAGACGGUCUACCAGAUUUUACACCAGAUACACUCUAUGAUUGGUUAUGUUAUCUACGUCUAGAUCAAUAUAUUUUAUUAUUAAAUAAACAAAAUUAUAAACAAUUAGCAGAUAUAAUAAAUAUUGCUUGGGAAGAUUUAGAAGAUAUUGGUAUAACUCGUUUAGGUCAUCAAAAACGUUUUAUGCUUGGUGUUAAACGUUUAAUUGAUAUUGAAAAAGGUCUUUAUAAAACAAAAUCAAAUAAAAUCAAAAUAGAUUCUUUAGAAAAUACUAUUCCAAAAUCAUGCCUUCGAUUAACAACGAAAGGUACUUCAUCAAAUUAUGCAACUAUUCGUCAAUCACAAUUCUCGUCAAAUAAUAAACAACGAAUAGGAUCAUCUGGUACAUAUAUUCCAAUAUCAUCUUUUCGUUUACCACCACCUUUAUCAGCAUCAAUAAUAAAUUCAUCAAUACAUAAUUAUGAUUCCAUAUCAUCAAAUCGUACACGUAGUUUAGAAAAUAUUAAUUCAAAUAAACGAGAAUUAGAUAGAAAUGAUAAUCAUUACGAAACAAUUCUAUCGAAUUAUGCUCAACCAUCAAUAAUAGUAAAUAAUUUACAAUUACUUGAUGAUUUAAAUUUAUCAUCAAGUGCAGAAUCAAUGAAUGGUAUUCCAUUUGCAAAUGAAAAUAUGGGUACGAUUAAACAACGUUCACCAUCAACUCAUUAUAAUACAUUGACUGGUCAACAAGCAUAUGAUACAAUGAAACGUUCAUUACCUAUGGAAUUUUUUCAACAAUCAACAACAUAUCCAUUGACAGCAACAACAAUACCUAUUUAUGAUAAUAAUGAUGAAUUUACUCAUAAAAAUACAUCUAUAAGAAAAUCAUCAUUACAAAUCAAUGGACAUGAUUUAUCCUUAUCAAAUACAGAUAAACGAUCACAUUAUACAGAAGUAUUUCCAAAUGAUAAACAAAAUAAAAUAGUCAAAAAUGAUACAACAAAUGUUUUAUCUGAUAUUGAUUCGAUGUUAUCUGAUCUCAAUCGAGAACUUGAUCAAAUGCUUGAUUAUGAAAUUUCAAGUUCUAUACGAUCGUAA